AUGGCAUUAUCUGAUGAAGUGAAGCAUGGAAUUGAUGAGCUUUUGAGCACUGCCUGCCCUCUUGGUAUAAAUGUUCGAUUGCAGAGGGUUUUGGGAGCAUUGGAGGCAGUGGGCCUGGUGCACUGUACUACUGCAUGUCCAGCCUCUUUCAUGUGCCACCCCCACAACAGGGGUUCAUCAAUGGUCAACCCUUUCAACUGCCAUAGAAAAGGCACUGACAUUGUUGCUGCUGGUGUGAAAGCUGAUUUGUUGCCACCCAACUCCUUGGCAAUUGAGCUGGCCUUGGACAACAGUGCUAGAGAAGGCCAAAUUGCUGCAAACAUCAAGAUGAUCAAGGAUUCCAAAGGGCUUUUAGCUCCACUUUCUGGUCAUGAGCGCUACCUGACUAUAGCCAACAGCCACUUUGUGCAGUGGGCCAGAGCUGUUGAUGCUGGCUGCAAAGGACCAGAUGGGAGCCAACCCACAGUCAGUGCAGAUUUGAAGGAUCUUUUGGUGAAAGGAUGGUCUUGGAAGAUCAUCUCAAAUGAAGCUGAGAGGCUAUGGCCCACUUUGCCUGCAUUUGCAGCAAUGGCUAUGAAUGGCCACAAUAGCACACAAAUUGCAAGCAAUGAGCUUGAGUGCAUGAUGCAGCUAGCAGAGCUGUAUAGAGGAGGAAUGAAAAUGGAUGAGGCAGUCCUGGCUGUGAGGCACAGUGCACCUGCCUGCAAGCACUAUUUGGAAGAUGUUGCAUACUUCUGCAAGAUGUACAGUGGUGGAGACUCCUUUCCAUUGCUGAAGUGUUUGGACACCUAUUGUGCCUUGAAAUCUACUACCACUUGUGUGGCCCAGUCACACACCAUCCUAGGCAAAAACCAUGGCCACUCCUUGAUGCUGGGUGAGGAAAUGAUGAAUCACUUGGCCAUGUAUGACUUCAGGCUACCAGGACAAUCCAUGGCUCUGACAAGGAUUGGCCUUGCAGCUGUGAUGCUCAUUUCCAGAAAGCAUGCUGAUGGCUUCUCAAGGCUUCUUUUCAAGAGUGACUUUGACAAGCUCAAAGGCAAGGAAACCACCAGAAAAUUGGAUGAAAUGCUUUCCACUCUUUGGAAGCAAGCAUUGGGGGCAGGGGUGGCACCUGAUGUGGGCUACAUUUGCUGGGGGAAUGCAGCUGUCAGGAUGGUCUUGCAUAUCUUGAACAAAGAAAAGGUUGCCAAACAAGAGGUUUACAAGUCCUUUGAGGAGAUUGUUGAGCUGUUCUCACAGGAGCUGAAUGGCAGUGUGAGGGUGACCACACACAGUGAACCUGCAGGGGGGUCAGCUUCUGCAGGCUCAGCUGUCAAAGACCUCCUCAAUUGCUCCAGCCAAGAGGUUGCCUUGUUUCAAAAUGCUCACAUUCGCAUUGGAGACAAGUACACACACCAUGACUACCCAGACCAAAUCUUUAUCCUGAAAGCUGUGGAUGACAAGCAGGCAACCUUUCAGCAUGUGCCCUUAUUUGCUGAUGCUUUGGUGGUUACUGAAGAGCUGACAUCAUUGAAGAAGUGGAGGGCAACAAAGAAAGAGCCCACUGCACUUUGCCCAGGAAAGCUCACCACAGACAGGCUACCACACAACCUUGAGAUGGUGCAGAAGGAGGUUGACAAGGUUCAGGCCACUGCACUGCUCAUGGAGGCCUAUAUGAACAACAAAGUUGGUGAUGGUGUGCUGGCUUUUGUUAGCAAUCCUUCCAAUUUGGCUGUGCUCAAGAAGGUCAAGAAGAAGGAGAUCAAACUUUUCCCCAUGGGCACCUGCUCACUUGUGCCAGUCAAAGACCAAACAAAGAUCUUGGAGAAGGCAAAGCAUUGUGUGGCAUGGUACAAGACAAAGCCUUACCAGAUACAACCAUUCAAGAGCUUCAACAAUUUUGCAAAGCCAGAAGAGACAGGAACCUUGUGUCCCUACUAUUGGGUCAGGAGUUCUGGUGAUGAUGAGGAGAUCAAUUUGAAAAUGGCAUGGGUGGAGUACAGGGGAUUGCACAUCCCUAUUUUGGAGAAUGAAGAGCCCAUCGAACCAAAAACAUUGCUGCUCAAGAGUUCUGACCCAGAUGAGGUCUUUGCCAAAGGCCCUCCUGCCAAGAAGGCCAAGACUGCUUAG